AUGGACGACAGGUGGGACAUCGCCAAGGUCAAGGAGCCUGGCUCUCUCUACGUCCCUGGGGCAACUGACGGCAAGGAAGGAUUCCGCAUCUUCCUGGACAAAGCGGAAAAGACGAAGUCCGAAGAGGGCAACCCUAUGUUGCCAACGUGCUUGGCGAAGAAGGUCAAGAAGUGGGAUAUUCACACCCACUACGACGACAUGGCUUUGGCUAUGCAACUGCGGUGCGUGGGUGAGAAGGUCUAUAACCUUUUGGUAGACGGAAGACGGAUUGCCAAGCUUCCGGAUUAUUUGUUUGAGGGGGAUUCGGACAAUGAGUUUGACGAGUUCGAUUCUGACAGUGACGAGUGGUACACUGAUUCUGAUUGA